UCGCCGGGAGAAAUGUAACGCUCUCGAUUUACCACGGUUUAUAGCGAUUUUCCGCUGGUAUUGUCCAGAUUGAAGAGCUCUCGGUGUUCAUUCGUCGUUCCGGAUCGUCGUGAGAACGCUUGAGAGGACAACUGCGUCGUGUCAUCGUCUGACUGCCAAGGAUCCUCGCAUACAAAAUCGGCUGUACUUUUCGCUGAGCGAGAUUAUCUCUUGUCCACCAAACCUGCAUUAGCAAAGACGCAAGAAAUUGUCUUAAAUCCACAUUUUUGAAAAUAUGGGAAGAUCAAAGGCGAAGCUGAAACUCGUAGAGCCGAGAGAAGAGCCGACCGAUACGGAAAGUACUACGAUACCCAUAAAGAAUCUUCCGGAGAAAUUUAUCUGCAUGCACGUGAAGAGCGGCACCAAGAUUAGGAACGUGCUUGCCUACGCAUUGAAAGAAUUUCCCAAUAAUAAUAGCGUCGUCUGGACCGGGGUCGGGCAAGCCAUUGGGAAAACCAUUUCCUGCGCAGAACUCUUCAAGAGGAAGCACGAGGGUCUUCACCAAGUCACGAAGUUGCGUUAUACCAAGAGGUCGGUUAAAUCGAAGGAAGACGCAACCGACGAGACUCAUUCCGAUACUUAUCAAGUACCGGAAAUUCAUAUUUUGUUAACUAAGAAUAUUGAAGACACAACGGAGCUUGGAUAUCAGGCGCCUGGAGAUUGUGGGAACUUUCCGGAAAAUAAAGCGAAUUCGGAAACGAGCGCUGAGACAGAAAACGCCAGUUGUACGACUCGCAACGAUAUCAAGGAAUUCUCUGCGAUGGGAUUGAAAAUCGGACAGAAAAGGUCAAAAGAUACGCAAGCGGAGCCAUCCUCGAGGAAAAGGAAGAAGAAUAAAUCCUGAUGGACAAUGAUACAAAUAUCGCAGUUUAGGAAAUAUUUACUUUUAGAUUGUACGAUUUCUCUCGAAGUGUAAUAAAAUUCGCAGAUAUUAUAGGUAGAUUGUUACGGCAUUUUUGCAGUGUAAAAUUUUAUUGAUCUUUUCGCGGAGAAUUCUGUAACGAUAACCGUCAAAGACCUCUUGAAAUUUUAUAACGCGUAAAAAUAACGUACGUAAUGGAAAUAUGAAAAUUUACAAAUUUUAUAUAUUGUUAUUGUUUUGCCGUCAAUAAGUACACUCGAUACAAUAAUUAAAAGAAGAGGAGGGAUACCGGAAACAAAGCUGUAUGUAGAAAGUUUAUUCUCUAUUAAUACAUAGAUAAUUGUCACGUAGUAUAGUCACACGUCAUAUACAUAUUAUAUUUCUGUUGUCCCGACUCGUCACGCGACUCGACGUAUUCAUCAAUACAUUAUUUCGCGAGUUUUUUUUCUUCUUCGUAUUUACAAGUUCUAUGUACAGUAUUACAAUGUCCUUCCCGUUGCGUUUCGGAUACGAAAAGGAGCGGCGUGGAUGCUCGAGACGCGCGAUUUACAAGAGCCAAAAGUCGGCCAUUUAGAAUCUCAAUGCCGGAAGCGUAUUAGGGCAGUACAAUUUUUGUGUCCCAUACAUACGCCGAUGUGUGAAUUAUGAGUUGGCUCUCCCGUACGAUUAACUCGUAACUGUUGCGCCUUUCGAUCAAAAUCAUAGAAAGAUAUUGCGACGAACGCGUGUAUAUAUGUGUGUAUUCGUGUGAACACAGUUUUUCUAUAGGAUGAAAAAAUGUUACAAUGAAUAUACCGUCGUUAUCGUCGCUCGCCACCUCGCACUAUUUCCUACUCACUGCCAGAAAAUCGGGUCUUGCAAACGCUACUUCUCUUAAUUAUGGAAUCGCUUUUCCCAUGAACGCUCGCUUAAACGUUUUACACUGAGACUACGUCAUCCGUUUAAAAAAGGAAAAAAAAAA